CAGCUUUGUUAUUAUACAUAAUAAUUGUGUUAUUCAUCAUUCAUAGCAUUCGACAGACCAAUUUAUUCGUGAUGUUAAGAAGGUCGACAUUUUGGUUUUAUAGUUGUUUACAUAUGGUGUUUACUUAUUCUUCAGAAACUCCCAUCAUCGGGAUAUUGACCCAGGAAACGUACAUUGUCGCCAAAUAUUUGCCAGAAAACCGCUACAACAGCUUCCUGGCUGCUUCUUAUGUUAAAUUUUUGGAAGGAUCUGGUGCACGAGUCGUACCGGUAUGGAUAGGACAAAAUAAAGAAUAUUACGAAAGAGUAGUGAAUUACACAAAUGGAAUUUUAUUUCCUGGUGGAGGGACCUACUUCAACGAAACUGAUGGGUAUGGAGAAGCUGCUAGACAAAUUUAUAAAUUAGCUCUAGAGUCAAACGCCAGAGGCGUUUACUAUCCAAUUUUGGGAAUAUGUUUGGGAAUGCAAGUAUUGGUAUUUUCGCACAUUGGGACUGAUAUUAGAAUACAUAGAUCGCUAAAACACACAGCCGUGCCAUUGGAUUUUACGGAAGGUUAUGAAAAAAGUAAACUAUUUUCCAAUACACCUAAACACAUCCUACACAUUUUAAAAUCGAAAAACGUCACUCACAACCUUCACCGUUAUUCUAUAACCGAAGAAAUCCUAAAUAAACACCGACUUCUCGAUCAAUGGAGGAUUCUCUCCACGAAUCGAGGAGACGACGAAAACGAAUUUAUUUCCUCCAUGGAGCAUAAAAAUUUUCCUAUUUACGGUAUCCAGUUCCACCCUGAGAAGAACAUAUUCGAGUUCAAGAAGAAUUACGGCAUUCCGCACUCCGCGGAUGCCGUGAAAUCUGCGCAGUUUUUCGCGAAUUUUUUCGUGGACGAGUGUAGGAAAAACAACAACGGUUUUCCCAGCGAAGAACUCGAAGAAAAUAGUCUGAUUUACAAUUACAUCCCUUUGUAUACGGGGUUGAAUGGAUCGUCUCACGUUCAGUUGUAUGUUUUUAGCAAAGAUGAUUAUACAAAAUGUCUUCUAGUCUGAUUUGUGAUAAUAGUUUUAAGUGUUUCGUAUAUUUUUUAUGUUUGUUUGUGUUGUCAGAUAAUUUAAUAAAAAAAUAUUCUUCUGUAA